AUGGGGCUCCCUUUCCGCCUGCUGCUCCUGCUCUCGGUUGCCUCCCUCGGCGCUGCUGAGAUCCGAUUCUCCGAGAUUCGAUCCGACGACCGGCCGAUAAUCCCUUUCGACGAGUUCGGGUUCACCCACCGUGGCCAACUGGAGCUCAACAUAACCGAGCUCUCCCUUUCCGGCCCCGCCACCGAUCUAUCGGCCCUAUCAAGCGUGGGAUUCUUCCUCUGCACACGCGACGCCUGGGUCCACGUGCUCCAGCAAAUCGAGGACGCCGAGAUUAACUGCGUCCUCGGAUCCGACGCCGUACAGAAAGUCUACACCUUUGACCGCCUCCCGUCCCCCACCGCCUCCGAACUGAACUUUCUCUACGCCGAGUCCGACGCCGAUCAGUACACCCUCGUGUUCGCCAACUGCCUCCCGCAGCUGAAGGUGUCUAUGAACGUUCGAUCGGCCAUGUACAACCUGGAGGACGGCAGGUCAAACCACCGUGAUUAUCUCUCAGCCGGUAAAACCGUUCUGCCUAGGGUUUAUUUCGUGUUCUCCAUUAUCUAUUUCGUUUUGGCCGCCACGUGGAUUGCUGUUUUGUACAAGAAGAUGUUGACAGUUUUUGGGAUUCAUUUCUUCAUGCUAGCCGUGGUGCUCCUGAAAGCACUGAAUUUACUGUGUGAGGCUGAGGACAAAUCAUACAUCAAGCGGACAGGGUCUGCCCACGGGUGGGAUGUGUUGUUUUACAUAUUUAGUUUCCUGAAGGGGAUUACUCUGUUUACGUUGAUCGUGUUGAUUGGGACCGGGUGGUCGUUCUUGAAGCCCUACUUGCAGGAUAAGGAGAAGAAGGUAUUGAUGAUCGUGAUCCCGCUUCAGGUGGUAGCAAACAUAGCACAAGUGGUGAUAGAUGAGACAGGGCCUUUCGGUCAGGAUUGGGUUACCUGGAAACAGGUGUUCCUGCUUGUUGACGUUGUUUGCUGUUGUGCGGUGCUUUUCCCUAUUGUGUGGUCUAUCAAAAACUUGCGCGAGGCGGCCAAGACAGAUGGGAAGGCCGCUGUAAAUCUGAUGAAGUUGACUCUGUUUAGGCAGUAUUAUAUAGUGGUGAUAUGCUACAUUUACUUCACGCGUGUUGUGGUCUAUGCUCUUGAGACCAUUACUUCAUAUAAAUACCUUUGGACUAGUGUGGUGGCGGGGGAGUUGGCCACACUUGCAUUCUAUGUGUUCACUGGGUACAAGUUCAAACCCGAGGCCCACAACCCGUAUUUUGUGAUUGAUGAUGAGGAGGAGGAGGCUGCAGCAGAACAGUUGAAGCUAGAGGAUGAGUUUGAAUUAUUACCCCGCCUUCAACCGUGCGUGAGAGAUAGUAGCAGCAGGUCCUUCUUCCCACCAUUGUUGUUCGCGAACCAUCUUCCCCAGUUAGUUCAGCCACCACCGGUUGUUGUCAAGUCGCGUCCAGGCCCCAGCCUCGUCCCUCGUGAGCUUGCCGUCUCCGUUGUUGUCCGCGUGCAGCCCCUCGCGAAGGUCUCGUUCAGCCGCUGCUCCUCCCUCCCCGGCGAGAUGCGUGAAGCCGUCGAGCUCCGUUGUCCCGUCAAUCCAUUCGAACCAUUCUCGCGUUUCCCGAGAACGGUCGCGGCCGUCGGGAUUCCACCAUCAGAGGUCGCAAAGCUCGCACAUGUCGCCGUCGAUUUCACCGGCCCAGCUGGAAGUUACAGACGAAGCUCACCUCGCGGCGGGAGAAGCUGGGCAGCGACCGGAGAGAGCUGGGCGGCGACCGGAUAG